AUGGCUGGUCACCAGAACAAAUUGGUUGAUGAAAUAGAGAAAGCGUUAGCAAAGUCUGAAGGGCUUGCCCUUAAGGAUCUGCUGUUCUCUUAUAAGGGAAUCCCAUACCCCUCCAGUGUGUGCAGUGCAGAGACAUUCCAGGCCAUGGAGAACUUAGAAGCCAGAAAAGAUGAUAUCGUGGUGGUGUCCUACCCCAAAUGUGGUGCCAACUGGCUUAUCCAGAUCUUACAUGACCUAAUCUUUACAACUUUACAGAAAAAAAAUGAAACCUCAGAACUGCCAUUUAUUGAAUGUGGAGAUCCAGAAAAAUAUCAGAGGUUGAAACAGUUCCCAUCUCCCAGGAUUUUGGCAACUCAUGUUCCCUAUGAUAUGAUCCCCAAGUCUAUCUUUAAGAAUAAAGCCAAGAUACUGGUGUUGUUUCGAAAUCCUAAAGAUACAGCCGCAUCAUUUUUCCAUUUUCACAACAACGUCCCAUCCAUUCCCAGUUAUAGCUCUUGGGAUGAGUUCUUCUCAGAGUUCAUGAAUGGAAAAGUCAGCUGGGGAUCCUAUUUUGACCAUGCAGUUGCCUGGAAUAAACACAUUGAGGAUGAAAAUGUUCAGAUUUUGAUAUAUGAAGACAUGAAAGAGAACCUGGCUUCAGCAGUAAAGCAAAUUGCUGACUUCUUUGGAUUCUCUCCGAAGGCAGAGCAAAUUCAGUCUAUUUCAGACAGGGCCAGCUUCCAAGCAGUGAGAGAUAAAUCUCAGGAGACACAUGGCUCAGUUGGCCCAAUUCUCUUCCGGAAAGGAACCAUUGGUGAUUGGAAGAGCCUUUUCACUGAAGCUCAGAACCAGCAAAUGGAUGCCAAAUUUAAAGCGUCUUUAGGUGGAACAAAGUUGGGAGCAAUGCUGAAGUAUGAUGUACACUGCAAAGCCUGA